AGUUUAUCAGAGAACUCGCGGGAACGUGGACAUAAAAUUCGCGUGUGAAAGGAAAAAAAAAAACAUCUUUUGUGCCCAAGUCAUAUCAAAUUUUAGGGGUCAGAGAGAUCCAAAAAGGAAUUUGUAAAAAAAAAACUCAUGAAAUUCGUUUUGAAAUUUUAGCGAUCAGUGAAAUUUUUGUUCGUUUGACGAGGAACAAAAAAAAAAGAAGUUCAUGGACUGUGUUUUGUGGGAAUUUCCUCGGAAAUAUCGCGAUACUUUCGUGUGCAAAAUAAUAUAUUAAUUAGUGUAUAUUUGUGCAUUUAAAAAAAAAAAGAGUCAGGAGUUUCAGUGGAAAGCAAUUACUGCGAGAAACUUCGCAUUGAAUUUUGUGGAUAUUAGCAUAUCUCUCUGAAGUGUAUUUGUAUGUGCAUAGUUGAAAUUAUCGCCUAAAACAGGCAAUACAGAGAUAUAAAUUAAAAUAGAUCGGAGAUAUAUACAUAUAUGUACACAUAUACUGGAAAUUUGUCUUGGUUCCAAAACGAGUAAAAGCCGGCGUGUGAGUGAGAAGACAAAAUAUAUCCGGACAAAUAUCUCUUUCACCGAUACAUUUGGUGAAAACAUAAGAGUUCAACAAAGCUCAGAAAGUUACUCUUCAGAAAGUCAAAAAUGGAAGUUGCAAUUUAUGGAUUUGCCGCCAAAUAUGCUAACAGGAUGUCAUCUUAUUAGGCGUCACAAGAGUGGUUAAUUGAGGAGAAACUUCACAAGGAAGAAAAUGCUCUUGCAGUCCGGACAAAUCGGUGGUGCAGAGCAGCAAAGAAAUGGGUCAUCGACGGAAAAGGCGCAAGCAGCAGCACUUCCGCUGCCACAUCAAUCUCUUGAAGUGUCCAAGCAGCUUGAUAAUAUUCAGGAUAAUCUUGGUGAGGGUUGGACUGUGCAUUUGGCCAAGGAUGGACGUCUCUACUAUUGCAAUCACAUAACACGAACUGCCGGGUGGCUGCCGCCGGCUGAAAGUUGGGGUGGAGACGAAGAAUUGCCAUACGGCUGGGAGAAGGCACUUGAUGAGAAGGGAAGACCAUACUACAUCAACCAUUGCAAUAAGACAACCACAUACGAAGCACCGGAUUACUAUCGAUGCGAUGAACCUCCACCACCUCCCGAACCACGCCUGGUCAUUCUUCAGAGAAGUCCUACGAUGGGAUUUGGCUUCGUGGCUGGCAGUGAGAAGCCGGUUAUUGUACGAUUCGUCACAGAAGGGGGUCCCAGUGUAAAUAAGCUGGAGCCCGGCGACCAAAUACUCGCCGUGAAUGGUGAAGAUGUGAAAGAUGCACCACGGGACCGGGUAAUUCAGCUCGUGAGAUCAUGCGAGAGUCAAGUGACACUUCUGGUGACUCAGCCACCCGUGAAUGGAGCCACUGGGAGAAAAUCUACCCUUCUGUCCGCUGGGAAAAAGGCCAAAUUGCGAACACGGCCAAGUCGUGUUCGUUUUGCAGAGAGUGUCUGUGUGAAUGGAGCACCACUAUUUCCGCCAUCAGCGUUCUCGUUGGGUGAUCUCUGUGUUCCUCCAAUGGCCAAUGUGCUGAAGGUGUUUCUGGAGAAUGGUCAAACGAAAUCAUUCAAAUAUGAUGCCACUACCACUGUCCAGGACGUCGUGACAUCCCUGAGGGACAAAUUGUGUUUGAGCGCCGGAGAGCAUUUCAGUUUGGUGUUGGAGCACGUUAAGAGCCUCAAAAGGAAUAAAUUGACACUUUUGGAUCCACAGGAGACACUUGUACGGAUUGCGGCACGUCCUGGUGCACACAAACUUCGAUGCCUCUUCCGGGUAACUUUUGUUCCGGUGUCAGCUGCAGCACUGGCUCAAAGAGACCUCAAUUCUCUCGACUACCUCUUCAUGCAGUGCUGCAAUGAUGUCACACAGGAACGAUUUGCACCAGAACUUCAGCCGGAUGUGGCACUUCGUCUGGCAGCACUUCAUAUGCACCAACAUGCUUUGGCCAAUAAUAUCUCACCAGCAAAAUUGACUGUUAAAACCGUAGAGCGAGAAUUUGGACUGGAACGAUUUGUGCCUACAUCCCUCAUUGAGGGCAUGAAGAGGAAGGAAUUACGACGUCUCAUAAGUCACUUCCUCAAGCUAAACACCCAAAUGACAGGCUCCUCGAAGAUGCUCACGCAACUCCAGGCAAAGCUUCACUAUCUUGACAUCAUAUCCGGCCUGCCCAGCUAUGGGGCAAAGUGCUUUAGUACAAAUCAACGCGAUGGUGUUGAACGUGUACUUCUAGUCAGUCCACGAUUUGGUCUCAGCCAAAUUGCCGGUGUUAGAAAUUCGGUGCCACAGCCCAUAUGUAAUUUAGAGGAGCUUAUAAGGGUAAUUGUUACCAGAGAAGAUGAAAUUUCCUAUUCAGUGGUUGUUUUUAUGGAACCCGACCGUCUGGUGACAUUCCUGAUGGAGGAUCGGGAUGCCAUAGAAUUUGCUCUAGUUCUUGCUGGGUACUAUCGCUUAGCCACAAAUAAGGAAUUGAAUCUGGAGAUGGAACGGGAGAUUGUCAUUGAAGACAUUGCCCCACCUUACCUCUCACAGCAUUCCGUUGUACCAACAUCUUGGAGUUACCUACCGGCAUCACCGGGUCGAACAUACAGUAUGGCCUUCUCGAUGCCACCACCAUACCAUUCCACAAAGAUCAUUAGUGCUGCUCUUAAAGUGGGCGAACAUCCCAACAAUUGCGAUCGAAAUAUGAACAGUACCCUAUCGAACAACAACCACAAGACCCCGCAAAUUGGAGAAGAUGAAUUUGGCUUUGAUUUGCACAGUGUGAUGGCAAUGGAGAUCCUUGAAGAUACAGGAAAGACUAAUGGGUAUCAUGGAUUAGUCGAAGCAAGAAAUGAGGAAGUUAUGAGAAGGGUUGUUGAAAUGCAGCGAAUGGUUGAGACAUCGGAGAGAUAUCUCAGUGAACAAGGGGAACUCCUCAAUGAUCAAGAAUCCAAUUCAAGCUUACGACUUCCUUGGAGACAGACCAGCGUUGAGCUCGAUAGUGAUUGCGAUAGUAUGAAUAGCAGUAAAUUAUCAUCAAAUGAAGAUACUACCCCUGGUCCACUGAAGCACAGUGAUUCACUUAUACUUCUGGCAGAGUGCAUUAGUCAAGAUCUUACGGGUAUCACCAAUGAUUUGAAUUCCAUCUGUGGCUCACCAUUUGCCGAAGUAAAUGGUAAAUCACAGCAAGGAACACCCAAAGUUCAACGUCGAAUGCAAGGACUCAGUCAACUUCUGAGUGAUCUGCAAGCCCUCGGUACGGAUUGUUCUCAAAGUGAGAGUGACUCUGAAUCUCUAUACUCCCCAAAUAAUUCUCCGAUUCACCGACAACAGAAUCCGCAAUACGGCAAAUCUAGUAAUACAAAGACAAUAAGAACAAGCUUUGGCCUCCACAGUCCCGACAGUUCAGUCCUUGGAGGUGACAAUAAGGACAACAAUCUCAAGGAAUACCUCCGACAAUUGCGUGAGGCAAGCAAUAGCGACGGAAGUGCUACCGAUACCGAUUUGGCAGCAAAGAAACUAUCUGAACUCUAUGGUUUCGAACUCUGUGAUGAUACACUCAUUGAGACUGAUCCCGAUUUGAUAGAUUUAACGGCCAUACCCCCUCCGCAGACACCCGAUGAACUAGACGCAUUGUCGGUAAUCGAUGCAGCACCAAUGGGCUUUGGCGAUUUGGCCAAGGGUCCACCAAAGAGUCCAAUGAAGGAAGAGGACGAGCUGGAAAAAUUCCUCGCACAGGUGAUCAUUGCACCACCCACGCAGAAAAUUACACCAGCUAAGGAAUUGACCCCUGAAGAGAUACUCUCAUUCAUUAUACCCCCACCGCCUGAAUUAGGUGAUGAGGUGACCAAUGAGGCGAGGGUGAAAGAGACUGAACCACCUGUGCCAAGUAAUGGAGUCAGAGAGAAUGGCUCAGUAACUAAAUGCAAUGGAAACAUUCCGUCGACAAUGCCUCGAAGUUUUCCCACGGAGAAUCUCUACAGUAAUACCAGUGCCUACGACAAGGCAUCCAAACCGGCCGAGAAUCAGCAUCAGAAUCAUGUGAUUGAGUACUCUACAGUGGAUAGGAAGGGUCCAUUUUCAUGUUGUACCAAGUCAAAGAAGGAGGAACCUUUAAAGAUAACGGAGGAAAUGAGUGCGAAAGAACAAUCAAUUAUUACUCCUCCACCUAGAAUGUGUCAGCACACCAAUCCUUUUGUCAUACCUGAGCGUCCGCCUAAAAGUGCUGAACUCCAGCUAAAGCUCAAUUCACCAACGAGGAGUAUACCGCAAUCACCAAAACUCAAUGGGGGCAGCAAUUCAUCAUCCACAAGUAGUUACUAUGACAUGGACCCUCCAAAUUUGCCACCACGCUUUGAGGAGAAUCAUCACAAUCCCCCGGCUCUGACAACUCUACCCCCGAAAAAACCACCUUUGCCACCAGUGCCCCUGAAACCCAGUUCAAUCCGAAGCCCUCUCCCGAUUUUGAAGAAUAGCACUCCAUGUGGGAGUGAAAAAAACUCUCCAGUUCGCGUAGCGGGUAUUAGUUCUCCGCACUUCCAUAGACAUCCCAACACCUACAAGGACAUCGACAGAGCAUUCAAUACCAGUAGUAGUACAGAUUCAUCUCCAACGUCAUCUGGCAGAGGAUCUACAAAUGGUCACAAUCGUUCUAAUAGCGAUUGCCCAGCUGUUUGUCUCCAAAACCCUCCCAAAGAUGCUCGUCCACAGCUCUCACUCCUGUGCUCACCGCUUCUGGCUCGAAGAACAGUCAACAAUACAUCUCUCUCGAGCAAUUCCUCACCAGCUGGAUCACCACAAUUGAGCUCCAAGAAUGGUCAUGUGAUGAGUGCAGAAACACUUUUGGCAAAGACGGAUGUUGCUAUGGCAGGACUACUAGUUAAACUUGAUCAAAUUGCUGCCAUGUGUUCCGCUGCCCAAGCGGCUGGCGGUGGAAUUUCCAUUGAUGAAGAAAAAUUCCAAGCUGCACGAGAUGAACUCACUGACCAAGCCUUGACUCUUGUUACAGCUUCCAAACUUUUAGUAGUAGCCCUCAGUGAUCCCACCCUAGCAUCUCUUCCUGAACACCUCACAUCCUGCCUAACGGCUUUACGCAGGAUCACCGAGCUCGCCCAAGACAUGACUAGGCACACUUCUGCACCCCUUCAAACACGUAACAUCGUCCUCAAGGUCCACGAUGUAGCGUCGAGCUUCCGAGAACUGGCUGGUGUUAAAAUUGGUGUCCUUGGUGCUGGCCAACUGGCUCUACAGGCAGAAUGCUUAGCUAAUAUGCUAGCUACUCUCCUACGGAGUCUGCGAGUUUUCUCUCCGUAGUUGUACGAUAAAUUACUGCUGAAUGGUAAUACUAUGAAUAAUCCCAUGAAUAAUCCCUUAGGAGAUUACAAAAGAAAUUCUCGUGUGAAUGUGUGUAAAGAUAAUUCGAAAACUUCAUCAUGGUGCAUUAUUUUGUAAAAUUGAUUACAUUUUAGAAAUGUCGAUAAUCUUACUAUUAAAUGAUCUGAAAAAAAAUUGUAAUCUAGUAAAGGACUCAAAAUCAAAAAAUUGAUGUAAGUGUAAUUUAUGCUAAUGAGGCGGAUGAACACGAUGAGCAAAAAUAUUCAUAGUUCCCAUUAUAAAAUUAGAAAAAAAUGUGAUUUACAGUUAAAAUGUUUUCAAAGUGAGAUCCAAUAUGAUGAGCAUUAUCUCUAAUAGAUAAUGAUUAUUUUGAAUUGAAAAUUCUUCAUAUUGAC